CAGGCAUGGUGCUCGUUGGCUUUAUCUGCUUUCUGGCGCCCGCUCGUCUCGUCUCUUCCACGAACAUCCGCUACCACUAGUAUUAUCCCACAGCAUACCCGCUGCACGCCCGCUGGACAACAAAUUAUCACGUCGUGACCGACACUGCACGCACACGACUCCCACGAAGCAACACACUGAGCAACACACCGCAAACGACUGUCAGCAUGAAGCUCAUCAGCCUCCUCGCGAUGCUCGGCGCUGCAAUGGCGGUCGAGAACGAGUUGAUUCCAGUCUGCAUAAACCCCAGGGGCUGCGGCCUGUUCUGCGAACAGCCAGACUGUUAUGUAGUUUCACGCUACCUAUUCGUCUUUUGGCUCAAGAUGGGCUGGACCUUCGAGGAAGUAGCCGACGAAGAUGCUGCAAAUUGCUACAUGGAGCUCGUCCCAAACAAGCCUAUGGGCAAUGUCUCGUCGUUGUUGAUUCUCCACGAGCACGUUCCGGGGCUCAUGGCGGAUUAUCACGACCCAACGACCUGGAAGCAGAUUUGUGAACUCUCCGAUGUUCAUGAUGACACCCGUACUCGAGACGAGCUCUAGGAAGGAGUGUCAGGUGGCUGCCUGGCGCCCGGAGAGGACUGCCGUUUCGCUCUCGGACAGUGCUGCAGCGGCCUGUGCACGAUGGACAAGGGCAACGCAACACUCAGCUGCCUGUGAAGACAGUAAAGGUCUGGCGUAGUCUGGCGCGCUGCAUGUUCGUUUGGCCAGUAUGUCGCGAGGAGGU